AUGGAUAAUGGAGGGAGCGUGUUGUCGCUCUCUGCUCCACACUUUCCUUACUCCUCCGCCACCAUCCUCCGUCGUCACUCUCCGGUGGCUUCCAUCUCUUACUCCCUUAAACCACAACCACCACAGCCUCCGCCCGAACCACCUGAAAGUCCUGACCUUCGCCGACCAGAGAAAUCUCUUGCCCCUUCUUCUUCUUCACCUUCCUCUUCGCCUAAAACUCCUCUUAAGAAUCCUCUCAAGGGUCUGACAAAUCCCAAUCGCUCCUCUGUCUCUCCUCUUGUUCAAUCAGAGACUACCAGUAAAGUCUCUACCUUUGGCUCUGCUUUAGCUUCGAAGCUACGUUUAUCCAGCAAAUUAUCUCCUCCUCCUCCUCCUCCACCUCCACCACCUGUGGAGGAAACCCAACUCCGAGAUGAAUUAAAGAAGCCUCCGGAAGAGGAAACUCGGAAGCAGGAACCGGAAUUCCGACAAGAAGGGAAGAUAUUUGUCGGAAAUUUACCGACUUGGAUUAAAAAACCAGAGCUUGAAGAGUUUUUCCGACAGUUCGGUCCGAUAGAGAAUACCAUUCUAAUCAAAGGGCAUCACGAGGUUGAGAAGAACGCUGGAUUCGGAUUCAUCAUCUACGCAACGGAGAAGUCUGCAAUGAAGGCUGUGGAGUUCGACGGGGUUGAGUUUCACGGAAGAGUGUUGACGGUGAAGCUAGACGAUGGGAAGAGGAUGAAGACGAAGGCUGAGCAGAGGGUGAGAUGGGUUCAACAGGAAGGAGGAGAAGAAGAAGAUGCUAAGAUGUCGAGUAAGUCGUCUUGGCAUCAAGAGAGAGAAGGGUCAAGGAAGACACUACAGAGGAUUUUAGAUAGUAAUGGAGAUAAUUGGCAAGCUGUUGUUUCAGCUUUCGAGAAGAUCAACAAGCCGUCUAGGACAGAGUUUGGUUUGAUGGUGAAGUACUAUGGAAGAAGAGGUGAUAUGCAUCGAGCACGUGAGACUUUUGAGAGGAUGCGUGCUAGGGGUAUCACGCCAACGUCACGUAUAUACACUAGCCUUAUUCACGCUUAUGCAGUUGGUAGAGACAUGGAAGAAGCACUGUCUUGUGUUCGUAAGAUGAAAGAAGAAGGAAUUGAGAUGAGUUUAGUGACUUAUAGUGUAAUCGUUGGAGGCUUCUCUAAAGCUGGCAAUGCCGAAGCUGCAGAUCACUGGUUUGAUGAGGCCAAAAGGAUACACAAGUCCCUUAAUGCCAGUAUAUAUGGGAAGAUCAUAUAUGCACACUGUCAGACAUGCAAUAUGGAACGAGCAGAGGCAUUAGUUAGGGAGAUGGAAGAAGAAGGUAUUGACGCUCCUAUUGCUAUCUACCACACCAUGAUGGAUGGUUACACAAUGGUCUCUGAUGAGAAGAAAUGUUUAAUUGUUUUCAAAAGACUUAAGGAAUGUGGAUUUACUCCUACAGUUGUCACUUAUGGCUGCCUCAUAAAUCUUUACACUAAGGUUGGAAAGAUUCCAAAAGCUUUGGAAGUUAGCAGAACGAUGAAGGAAGAAGGCAUAAAACAUAACUUAAAGACCUAUUCGAUGAUGAUCAAUGGAUUUGUUAAACUAAAAGACUGGGCCAAUGCCUUUGCUGUCUUUGAAGAUAUGGUUAAUGACGGCAUGAAACCAGAUGUUAUACUAUAUAACAACAUAAUCGCAGCAUUCUGCGGAAUGGGUAACAUGGAACGAGCCAUCCAGACUGUUAAAGAAAUGCAGAAGCUGAGGCAUAGACCAACCACAAGGACCUUCAUGCCUAUCAUACACGGAUAUGCUAAGGCCGGUGACAUGAGGAAAUCUCUAGAAGUUUUCGAUAUGAUGAGAAGAUGUGGAUGUGUUCCAACCGUUCAUACUUUCAAUGCUUUGAUUAAUGGUUUAGUUGAGAAACGUCAGAUGGAGAAGGCGGUUGAGAUACUAGAUGAGAUGACAUUAGCAGGUGUUAGUGCAAACGAACACACUUACACAAAGAUCAUGCAAGGAUAUGCAUCAGUUGGUGAUACAGGAAAAGCCUUUGAGUAUUUCACAAGGCUUCAAAACGAAGGUUUGAAGGUUGACAUCUUCACUUACGAGGCGUUACUUAAAGCUUGCUGCAAAUCAGGACGGAUGCAGAGUGCGUUAGCUGUCACGAAAGAGAUGAGCACAAGGAAUAUCCCUCGCAACUCCUUUGUCUAUAACAUAUUGAUUGAUGGAUGGGCAAGGAGAGGGGAUGUAUGGGAAGCUGCUGAUCUGAUGCAGCAGAUGAAGAAGGAAGGUGUUAAACCGGACAUUCAUACUUACACAUCUUUCAUUAGUGCUUGUUCUAAAGCUGGCGACAUGAAUAGAGCUACCCAAACAAUCCAAGAGAUGGAAGCAUUAGGAGUGAAACCAAACAUCAAGACGUACACGACCUUAAUAAAAGGAUGGGCUCGAGCUUCUCUUCCAGAGAAAGCCUUAAGUUGCUACGAGGAAAUGAAAGCCAUGGGGCUAAAACCAGAUAAAGCUGUGUAUCACUGUCUUAUGACAUCCCUUCUGUCUCGUGCUUCAAUGGCAGAAGGUUAUAUUUACUCUGGGGUGAUGUCAAUCUGCAAGGAAAUGGUGGAAGCAGGCUUGAUUGUUGAUAUGGGAACAGCAGUCCACUGGUCUAAAUGUCUGUGUAAGAUAGAAGGUUCUGGUGGUGAGCUCACAGAGACAUUGCAGAAGACUUUCCCACCUGAUUGGAGCUCUCAUCAUCAUCACCAUAGCUACUUGGAUCAGGUUUCUGAUGUGGAUUCCGAGGAUGAUUAUAAUGAUGAUGUUGAUGGUGAAGAUAGUGAUGAUGAUGUUAACUCAGUUUCUGUUAUUUUAUCUUCCAAGUAAGAGAAGAAAAAAACAGAGUAUAGAGCAAUAUCACAUUUUUUAGUUAUUGUUGUGUUUUUGUUACUUAUUCCUGCAAAUAAAAAAAUGAAACUUGUUGAAAGUGAAACUAAUUAAAAUGAAAUGAUUGAUCUGCUUUGUUUUAAA